GCUGUAAAAUGUAGUGAUCGGCCCUAACGUGGUCAUAAAUUAAUGAUAUUGUACGCCAAUGUAAGUACACAAAACCAUAUUAAAAAGUGAAUCUUCUUUGUCGCAUCAAGACCUCUUGAGCGCCAUUAUAAAUAAUAUAUUCCUAAAUAAAACUAUAAUUAUUGAAAAAUAACCUGUGUGCUAACACAGUGGCGGACCGACCGGGUAUCUUUGGGUUGGGGCGGCCCCAAGCGGAACCCGAUCGAGCGGACUUGGCGUGGGGGGGGGGGGGGGGGCGGGCGGUCGUGGCAAAGGGACAUAUCCAAAAUGCCGCUUCGCGGCCCGGUACCGGGCUUAGGGGGGGAGGGAGGUAGGGCUUUGGGGAGGGAAUAAAGAGCAUUAGCUUGACGGCCCACUUACGCCAUAUUUUAAUGUGACAUUUCAUUUUCAAACAAACAUAUUGUGUCGAUGAAAGCUUUGGAAAAUUAUGGAAUGCCAAAAAUUUUAAUUGUGCGAUUUCGAAUAGAUAUUUUUUGUUGGGGGGUGGGGGGUGGGGAUGGGGGAUAGGCAUGUGUGUUACAUGUGUCUAAUUUUGAUGAGUAGUUUUUAAAUUAAUUAAAAAGAAAUAUCUAAUUAUAGUAUUCAAUACAAAUAAGUCGAAAGAUUAACAUCAUGUUUUUAUUUAAAUGUAUAUUUACAAUGGUUUAAUGAGCUUGUUCUCACAUCUCAAGGUGCUGGUUACAGAAUUUCUCUACAGACUCUUCCAGAAUGCCACGUUAACUCCCUCGUCAACUACAUCCACCUGUACGCCUCAUCGAUUCUGGUAGAAAUGCAAGAUUCCGACAGCCUCGUCUGCGUCAUCCCGGAGUCGUCGAGCAACCUCCUCGAGUUCCUCCUGGCCAAUAUGCGUCAAAAAGAUGCCCAACUUAGAAUUAAGUCAUUUACCGUCACCUGCGUCGAGAUUGACAGCAUUCUGGAAAAGUAAGCGGGGGCCUCUUGUUUUUUGGACGGUUCUGUGGCAAGCUAAGAAAGGGGGGGGGGUGGGGGCUGUUAAUUUAAAGGCACCGUUUGUCACUGCUGUGAUACCUCCCAACAUAUAUUAAUAUAAAUCUCGCGGUGAAAUAACAAGUUGCAGGAGAAAAGCUCUCAAACAUCCCUUGACACGGAACCGUCUUCAAAGAUCUAUUUGACUUGUUAAAAAUCUUUAAUUUACUUGAUUCAUCAUUGCAGUAAAGAAUUCGAAAUACUUUUCAACUUUGACAACGUCGUGCACUGAUGUCACGGCAACAAUAUCAUGCAGGCAUUUCUAUGGGAAUUCUGAAAUUUGGGCCCUUAAUGGAGGGAUGAAGAAGACGUUGUCGUUGUUAAGAGAUCCACAUUUAGUCUGCUCAUUUGGCAGUUUUAUUUUGGUUGAGAUGACCACGACUAUUUUGUUGUUGGGUAAAUUCAUUAUAUAUAUUCAUUAUAUAUAUAUAUAUAUAUAUAUAUAUAUANUUGGAUAAAUUUUUUUUUGGACAAAAAUAGACAAAAAAUUUAUUAAAGUAAAGAGAAAAUAAAGAGAAAGUAACUAAGCUGAUUUCUUGUCUGUUUGUUCGCCAUACAAAUACGCUACAGUAAAUUAAAACGACAUUAAAAUAUUACUCACAAUUUUUUGCCCCCCCCCCUGGAAAGCUAAUCGAUUUUUUUGCCCCCCCCCCAGAAAGUUUUCUGCGGGCGCCCAUGGCGUAUUCUAGCCUUGCUUCAUCUCAUUAAGCGGUAUUAAUGUAACAUGAAUAUCUCUAGAUCUCCGGAACAGCUGUAUUGGGUGCUGCUCGUGUUCCCGUUUUAAGUUAUUCCAUCUUUAAAUAUAAAGAAGACUGUCGUAUCUGUGGGAUUAGGAAAGGCCCUUGGAGAUAGUACACAUCAGAUUAGAUAUGGAAUCGGAAGCCACCUACAGAACCUGCAACAAUAAAUCGUAUGCCAUUAACAGUACCUAGAACAUUGAAUCGUAAGCCCUUAAUAGUAAGGCGGCAUUGAUAGAUCAUUUUAAACUUUUCCACAAAGUGGGUUGGGGGCUGGUCUGGACGAAAUGAAAACAUUAAACUAUUUCAGGUCUUCAGGUGGGGCAAAAAAAAAACAACAACAUUACUCUUUAUCAUGACAGCACAGCUCAAAAUGUAAGGCGGGCCGUAAUCAUUAAUGAAAAACUUGUGCAGGCCUGCUCUAUAUUAUGAAAAUACGUUUAUUUUUUUAUUGUGUGGAGCAGGGGUCUCCAAACUACGGCCCGCGCGCCGCAUGCAGCCAGCGAGGCACUCUGAUCCGGCCCGUGGAGUCCUUUUUUGUCUACGGAAAAAAAUUACGGAAAUUUCCGUGAAUCCUGGCCGCUUACGUGGACGUUAUGUUUUUACCGAAUUAAAAUAGAGGCGCGCAGUAGUGCACGAUGAUUUCCAACGAUCACUGCCUUGCAAAACCUUAUUCGCUGCUUAGUUUUUCUACUUCCGUUCAUAUUGAGAUGAUAUAACGUAACGAAACCAUGGCUUUGAUGAAAGAAUACAACCUGCGCCUUCAUCCUCAAAGCAAACAUCAGGAGAAAUAUGCACAGUUUUGAGGAUAAAGUCCGUGUCUCAGAGGACAUUGUUCAGUAUAUCCUCAAAUGAAAAUGAAUCCUUGACUAAGGCCAGUUAUAAAGUUGCCCACGUUCUGGCUAAAAAUGGCAAACUGUUUACAAAUGGUGAAAUAGUGAAGUAAGCUUUGUUUGUGGUGGAACUUUGCCCAGAAAAUUUGAACAUGUAGCUUUGGUUGCAAAUACCAUUGCCCGCCGUGUUGCAGACAUGGGUGAAAACAUUGUGACUCAGAUUGCGAAAUUGCAAACAAGUUUCAACAUUUUUCAAUUGCAAUGGAAAAAUUGUUGGAAGGCUGAUUCAUCUCUAAACUGCUUGUGUUCAAUAGAGGUGUGGAUGGUGACAUGAACAUAGCACAAGAGCUUACUUCCUUAUAUAGAAUCUACGACACUUUUACCAGAUGGGAUAUAUUCAAUGAGUUGAAAAAAAACAUUUGCUGAUUAUAACAUGGACUGGACUAACAUUGGUUGCCUGAAUGUUGAUGGAGGAAAGAACAUAAGUGACAUAAAGAAAGGCUUGGUUGGACAAAUGAAGCAGAUGUGUAAUGAGAAAAACAUUCUACAACCAGUGUUCCUGAACUGUAUUAUUAACCAGCAAGCUUUGUGUGCUAAAUAUGUGGACAUUAGCAGCGUAGGUGUGGUGAAGGUGGGGAAUUUAAUUAGGUUAAAUGGGCUCAACCACAAACAGUUCCGAAACAUGUUGAAAGAUGCAGACACAGAAUCGCAAGAUUUACCAUAUUACACAGCAGUAAGAUGGCUAAGUUGUAAGAAAGUUCUGAGCAGAGUAUUUAAGUUAUGAAAGGAUUUCGGUGACUUCUUGGAAAGUAAAAGCAAGCCACAGCCAUUACUGUCUGGUAAGAGUGGGUAUGGAAAUUGGCCUUUGCUGCAGACACAACUAGGCAUUUACAAAUUCUGAACCUAAAACUACAAGGAGAGGAAAAUUUAGUUUAUGAUCUGUACACCCCCCCCCCUUUUUUUUUUUUGGAGGCCUUCAGAUCUAAAUUUAUCUUGUUUUUGGAACAAAUACAACUUGAAGCACUUUCAGCCGUCCAAGGUCUUCAUGGCUUAAGCAACAGUGGAGUUCCCCACCUCAUUUGCAUGUGAGAUCAUCAAAACCUCCAGCUGCAGUUUCAGCAGCGGUUUUCUGACUUGGAUUCGAAGGCAAAAGAUGUGAGACUGUUUCAAAACCCUUUUUAAGCAGUUGUGGCCAGUUGCCCAUAUAAACUUCAGCUGGGGGUCAUUGGGUUGCAAGCAAAUGACCUACGUAGGGACAAGUAUAAAGAAGGACUGGUGGUUUUUUACUAGUUUUUGCUCAAAGAAGACUUUCCUAAUGUCGAAACUUUUGCAUCAAGGUACCUUUCAAUCUUUGGAACGACGUACCUGUGUGAACAAAAUUUUCAAGAAUGAAAUAUGUGACGAACAAAUUUUGUCUGAUGAUAAUCUCAGGUCACUGUUGAUGUUAAGGACAUCAAAUCUAAAGCCAGAAAUGUCUGCCAUUUUGGCAUCUAGGAAACAAUUUCACCAUUCCAACUAAUACAGGUGUUGGUGUGUUAUGUUUCAAUGUUUUAUUAAAGAAUGAAGAAUAAAUGAAUAAAAUAAUAUUAAAUAAAUAAUAAAAUAUGUUUUAUAUUCUUUUUCAUUGGGACCACUGGUGUGAAGUGGGCCCCCGAACUGCUGUUAGAUAGUUAAUGCGGCCCUCGGGCUGAAAAGUUUGGAGACCCCUGGUGUAGAGUAUGAUAAAUAAACGUUUUGUUUUAGGUUGGGUUUUUUGUUGUUGUUUUUUUUUUUUGGAGAUGGAGGGUAGGAUCAGUGUGUUUGUUGUUGCAAUGUAGUUGUUGUUAUUUUCGCAUUAUAUUUAUAUUCAACCAUUCAAUUUUUCGUUUGCGGUCAGAUUUAUGCAUUGAAUUUUCUGUAUGACAUACCAAGAAAAACCUCCUGUACAUUCCAAUACUUCGCUGUAACUGCUCCUUCAAGAGAUAUAUUUAGCCCAUUAUUAAUUUUCCAUGACCACUUUUCAAGAACACCCCCCCCCCCGACACACACACACACCACACAAGCACUUGUCUAUUCACAUUAUUGCAACCCUAUUAACGUUUAGCCUAUGGCGAAUAACGGAAGCAUUGUAAAACACAUCUUGACAUAUUCAAUUAAGUCUAGCAAUGAUUUGGGAAACUCGGGUGUCGAACGCCAAAGACAUAAAUUUUAAAACAGAAUAAUCAUAUAUAUCAAUAUAUAUAUAUAUAUAUAUAUAUAUAUAUAUAUAUUGUAAGGAAACCUUGCUUACUCUCUAGCUAAACUUCAUCUAGAUCUGGUACUCAAUAAGGAAACAACUCCGGUGAUACAUUUGAUGAUUAAACACGUGUUCUUUAUUGGCUGUCACUUGCUUACACUUUCACUCGUCUCACAACUCUGACUUCUCCCUCUAUCUAGUUCUCAGUCUGGCCGCCUUCUGUGCUAACCAUCCGGUCGCGCUCUCCUUCUCGUCCCGUCCAGAGAUCCCUAUUUAUACCUCCCUGUCCCAUAGUUCCUCUCCCCGCCCCCUUUUCUCGAUUGUCGCCAUGGUCUAGACGUUCCAGGUAAAUGCCCUGGUCAGAUGGAUGGUCGUGUCUGGGUGUCAGACGGCCNNUAUAUAUAUAUAUAUAUAUAUAUAUAUAUUUGGGGGUGUAUUUUUUUUUUAAGUUGAACAUUAUUUAGUUUAGAAAUUAAAAACGUGGACUUUGUAGAUUUAAUUUAUAUUUUGUAAUGUUUUAUUAAACGUCUAAAAAUAUAUUUAGAAACAACUUUCUUUAGCAAGGGCGUUUCCUAAAUGAAGAGUUUUUCCCAACUCCGAUAGAUAUUGUGCUUCUGGUGUGUCCUGCUUCGUUUUCACAACCGGCCCUACCCCUGAUCAACAUGUUUUUAUUAAUAAUCCUGAGUUAAAAAAUUAUUAUUAUUUUUUUUUUAAAUGUUGUCACUCCGCGAGCGUCCUAUGUGACGGUUGAAAUCGGGUAAAAAGUGAUUUUUUUUUCCUCUGGGGGAGGCGACCGUUAUAUUAAUCAAUGACGAGCCAGGGGUAUUGUGUAGGAAUGUCUUUAAAAGGAAAGUUGUUUAAAGGCCGACAGGUAAGAUGUAGUACUGCCUGUAGGCCUAUUGUUUAUUAAAAAGUGAGAGGUUUACUAUUUUUUGUAACUGUCGGACCCACCGGAUAUUGUCUUAAAACACUCGGACCCUGUGCAAUUAAACUGCAUCCGUUUAAGCCCGUUGAAGCCCUAUAGUUGUUGGGCCUAAGAAUGAUGCCCCAGAAUACACACACCUCGGCCACCAUCCCACACACCUCAGCCACCAUCCCACACACCUAGGCCACCAUCCCACACACCUCGGCCACCAUCCCACACACCUCUGCCACCAUCCCACACACCUCAGCCCCCAUCCCACACACCUCAGCCACCAUCCAAUACAGCUCUGUCUUCAUCCCACACUCCUCGACCUUCAUCCCACACACCUCGGUCUUCAUCCCACACACCUGAGCCUUCGUCCCACGCAACUCAGCCAUCAUCCAACACACCUGGAUCUUCUUUCCACACACCUCGACCUUCGUCUCAUACACCUCGUUCUUCAUCCCACACACAUCGGUCUUCAUCCCACACACAUCGGUCUUCAUCCCAUACACUUCGGUCUUCAUCCAACAGAUCUCCAAACAAAUUUAUUAUUCUGUUCCAGCUGAAUGCAAAUUCUGUUGGAUUAACUAGAAUACGUAUUUAGUUGUUUCCAUUUGUUCUAUCUGGUUUGUUCUAUCUGGACUCGGUAUUUACAUUCCUGGUUGUCAUUUCCAAAUCUAUGUUCAUGCCUGAUUACGGUCGCAUUAAGAUCACAGGCAUUCCUUACCUUGGACGAUCAGAUAGGCCUAAUUAUUUCAGCUCGUCUCCAUCGUCACCGAGUUAUUUCAUUACCGAGAUAUCGUCACCGAAUCAUUUCAUUACCGAGAUAUCGUCACCGAGUCAUUUCAUUACCGAGAUAUCGUCACCGAGUCAUUUCAUUACCGAGAUAUCGUCACCGAGUCAUUUCAUUACCGAGAUAUCGAUACCGAGUCAUUUCAUUACCGAGAUAUCGUCACCGAGUCAUUUCAUUACCGAGAUAUCGUCAAUGUCAUUUUUACUUUCAGACUGAGAGAUGUCAAAACGUUCCGACUCCAUUUCCUUCACAUGUACAAGUCUCGCUCCACCCUAGAUGUGCCCCAUCUGCUCCGGCAGAAUCGCGUUAUUUCCCCUAAAAUUGUGUACUCGGCCAUAAAGCAGGCAUCAGACGGUCGCUUCAUGAUCACCAGCCCUGACUACAUCAAGUCGGACGCCAGCUCGGAGCACCAGUGGGCGGAGGCGACCACGCCCGCGCAACCUGCGAAAACUGCCAAGAAAUCUAAGGCUACUAAAACUAAGCGACAAAACAUUAAAAAUGCU